CCCGGCCAGGCGGGGGCCGAGGGGGUUGGAUGCUGGCAGGGCCCGAAGUGGGGGUAAAUCCCGGCCGGGAGCGGCGGGGCGGGCGGCGGGCCGGGCCGGAGCGGGGUUCGCAGGUGGGGGCAGCGCUGGGACGGGUCUGGGUCAGGAAUAGCUGUCGCCUCGCCGCCUCCCUCGGCGGGGAGGACCCCGGCCCCCGUCCUUCCUCCGGCAUUUCCUCGCGUGUUCCCUCGCCGCCUCUGCGCGCCCACCCCUCGCCCUCCCAGGAGAGCCGCCCCCCCGGGACGAGAGGGCCGUCGGUGUGAGGAGGCCCGGGGACUGGGGAGAGACGGCGAUCCCUCGCUCCUCCCCCCCGCAGCCGCCCCCGUUUCCAGCGGGGGAGCUGGGAGCGUGGGGGCGGAGGGGGGCCCGGGGCCGCGGAGUCCCCCGGCUGCCGGCCUGGGGGCCAUGGAGCAGGUCCAGAUGAUCAACAUCCAGCGGCUGCUGGAGGCGGCCGAGUAUCUGGAGCGAAGGGAGAGAGAGUGCGAACAUGGCUAUGCCUCGACCUUCCCCUCAGUUCCAAGUCCUGGACUACAAGACCCAAAGCCCACGCGGAGGCUGAGCCGGGCAAGGAAACACAGCGGCAGUGGCAGCAAUGCAAGUAUUGCCAACAGGUCUACGCACAAUGAACUAGAAAAGAACCGCCGAGCUCACCUCCGCCUGUGUCUAGAACGCUUAAAAGUUCUGAUACCGCUAGGACCAGACUGCACCAGGCACACAACGCUUGGGCUGCUCAACAAAGCCAAAGCACAUAUCAAGAAACUUGAAGAGGCUGAGAGGAGAAGCCAACACCAGCUUGAGAACCUGGAACGAGAACAAAGAUUCCUAAAGAGAAGACUGGAACAACUACAGGGUCCUCAGGAGAUAGAGCGAAUACGAAUGGACAGCAUUGGAUCUACCAUUUCCUCGGAUCGCUCGGACUCGGAGCGAGAAGAGAUUGAAGUGGAUGUUGAAAGCACAGAGUUCUCCCAUGGAGAAGUGGACAAUAUCAGCACAACCAGCAUCAGUGACAUUGAUGAUCACAGCAGCUUGCAGAGUAUUGGGAGUGACGAGGGUUACUCCAGCGCCAGUGUCAAGCUCUCGUUUUCUUCCUAGAACCAAGUGAGACAACAGUGCAGGGCGAAUGAUUUCACUGGGGUGAUCAAACUGGGUCCUAGAUGCCAGUAUCCUCUUUCAGAAAUGACAUAUUGACAGCUAGUCCUGGAGAGACCUGUAUAUAAAGCUUUUUGGGUAAAGGAAGCCUCCACAGAAACCCACAUGUCUUCAUUUGGUCAUGUUACCAAUCCCAAUUCCUGCUGGCAAAAAGUUAGACCAAACACUACUCCCUUUGAUGUCAGUGAAAUCUGUUUGUUUCUGUGGGACCUGGAUCUAGACCUUAGUGAUGAAAUACUUUGUUUUGAAUUUAUUUGUUUGAAAGAGGAUACUAGAGACUCAUCCCUCUCUUUCUGUCAUGAGAUCUGAGAAAUGUCAGAAUUUCUUAUAUUGCAUUCAGGUUGAACAACCUAGUUUAGGCCCUUCUGAAGAGCUUUUGUGGUCCUAAAAGGACCGUGUCCUACAGUUUAUCACAAUCCAAUGGUGUCGUACUAGGAAAUCUAAGAAGGCUUACGUAGCCUAGGAAUAACAAUGAUGAUAAUGAUUAAGGUCUCAUUCUGUGCCCAGAGAGAGAGGGGCAGCAAAGAGAGAUGUUCAGGGGAGAACACCAUUCAGCUCAGCUUUCUGUUGGACAUCAUUUAAAAAGCAAGUACCUCUGAUGCGUGGCUAAAGCAAGAGGUACACACUUGUAAUCUACCAGCACAUCGUGGGCUGUGUCAUGCCUCAGGCUGUGACACCGACAACAGAUCUCCCGGUAGAUGUGUGCUCAUAUGCAGGCACACAACCAGCUGAGGACAGAAGGAAACCAGCACAUACGAGAGGUGAUAUGCCAGAAAGUCAUGCCCAGAUACUGAGCCACUAUGACCUUUUUAUUUGAAGAGAUUUUUUGAUAAACAUUUGUAAAUGUGUUGGGAGGGAAAACACCCCAAGUCUGAUGCGUCUUUUUAGAGCUUGUCCAUAUGAAACCUUAGAUGUCUUUUAUAUGAAUUUAUGCCAUGAGAAGAUCUCUGUUUUGAUGAAGCACUUGACCCAAUGAAAUGCAAAGAUGCUUUUUGCCAUGCACACAAUGGAUGAAGGCUGUGCUAGCUGGAAGAGGCCAGGUUUGGUGGGGGUUUCUUUGGUUUUCUUUUUAGAAUCAUUCCCUUUGCUGACUUUUGAAGUUCCAGUCCAGUAGUUAACCUAGUUAAGCUCAGCACGUCUCUCAUGUUAAUGUACCGUUUUGACUGCACGUCCUGUUCCCAAGGGCCUUGCCAUCUUAUCUGUGCAGGUGCUGUUAAGAGCUAUUAUAGCGAAUGUUUUCUAAUUUUCUCGGAGACGAGCAUUCUAACCUGCACUUUUGAGGGCUUUGCUUUUUUUAUUUUUGUCUUUUUAAUGGCCAGGAUUAUUUUGUUUUCCGAGUUUUAAAAACCUUAAUAGAGUCCUCACCUAUGGCAUUGUUUGAAACUUUGUAUAUCCUUAAGUAAUUUAACUACCCCUCAUUACUAAGAAAAAAAAGAGGAAAAAAUGCUUUAUAAAAUUCAUAACUUAUUGCUGAUUUGAAUGGGUUGUUAAUUUCAGUCCUUUAGAUUUUAUUUUAUUGUUUUAGGUAGGGUUGGGCAAAAAGAGGUAAAAUAAAAUAAAAAAAUAAAGACAACCAUAUUUAGCAGUGCAGUGGAAUUGUGUUUAUAUGUUAGCAUAUGGUCCCCAUUAAAGUAGCACUUUAACGCCAUUAAACAUUUCUGUAUCUGAAA